AUGGUGGAGUGUUCUCCUGGAUCUCAAGGUGGUGCAGCGUCGCUUGGCAGAUUGUUGGGGAAUGAACAAGCAUUUCCACGCUCUCGAGCGUUAGACUCUGCAACAUCUCCUCGCUUAUCGCGUGUUAGCUACCCGAAGGCGUGCACUCGUUCGAGUUCUGACAGCGACAUACGAGCGGCGGUGUUGCCUCUUCCAAGCGCAUUUGAUUCUCAUAAAGGUUUUGAAGACAAGUUUACGCCUGCAGACGAGAGCGGCAUCUUUCUGAACGCGUCGAUGCAACUGAUGUAUUUGAACGGAGAGGUUCGUCACAGUAUACGUCAGCUGUGGACGUCGGUGCAGCGAUUGGGACGAGAGAACCAGAUCAGUGAAGCAGGCAUGGAUGUAUUGUACGUUGAGUUGGGAAACACCCUCAAGGCUAUGAGCGCUGAGAAGCUCGAACCUAGCAAACACCUUAAAAGUGGACGUUUGGUCUUGCUAGCUUCGUCCCCGACAAGCGAUCCAGGCGUAGUAGGCGGCAGCACAGCAGUUAAAGCCCUUUUUGGCGCAAGACCAACUGCCCAACUGAUGCAGUGUUCGUUAUCAGAAGACCAGAGCAAAUUUGAGAUGACUCCUGUCCGUCAACCAACCGCCAGCGCUCCUCCAAAUCCUCCAUCGUCGAGGUUUGCGCUGCCGUCUACUGCAUCAUUAAUGGGAAUGAUCUCGGAUGCAUUUCAAGUAGAACCAACCACCAGAGUUAUCCGGCUGCAAGGCUGUCAAGUCAGGAGACUUGUUCCCAAAUCGCCAGGCAAUGAAGAAAUAGCGGAUGAUGGCGAGUUGCCAAGAGCAAAGAUCUUCCACCGCUUUCAACUGCUCGUACCUUAUAAAACGCAGAUGAGUGGCUCUAACGAUACUGAGAGCUUAUUCCCCACGAGAGCGCCUGUGCCGUACGAAUCGUUCAUCUUCGAAGUACCAACUGCUGGAGCUGGAGAGAUCAAGACAGACAUGGACGCUGAAACACAAGUCGACGAGUGGGUCUGGGCGCUGGAUCGAGUGUGCAGAUAUCAUCUCCAUCGACUUGAACGCGCUCUUCGGGAAGCUCCGACCAUCGAACGAUACCGGGAGAAUCUGGAACGUCAUUUCCCGGUUUCCGUCUCACUCAGUUGGCUUCGCAAUCGACUUGAUCAGCCUCUGCAACGUCGAGCAAGUGCCAAUUUGAGUAUGAUUCAGAUUGUCAAAGAUCUCGAUCGUGAUAAAGUGCUCUUGGAUGGUCAUCUCUUCAGUGCUGCCAACCCUUUCGAAGACUACAACGUGGAAUCUGACAGCGUGUCAGAGGUGGUCAAGUAUAUGGUCAACAAAGUGUUGACUUUCGAGCAAGCAACCACGUCACAGUACCGAAUUCCUGGAGCUACACACCAACCAUCGUCACCAGCACAUCGCUUUGCCAAGAACUGCGAGGCUCGAGCUCUUGCGUUUGUCGAGCGAGUGCUACAAGGCAGUUCUCGAACUCAAAGUGGCGGUGACAUCUACGACGCCAUCAGCUUCUUCUGUCAACAAGAACACGUGUCUAUUUGUCCAGUUUCCCAAGAUGCUCGACCCGUUCAGAUGCGGAUCACCAGUGAUAUUGCUAAAGGAAUGUUCCAGGUGGAAGUCCAGGUCUGCAUGCAGUUCAAGGUCAUCGAGUUGACGCCAAGGUCUCCAUCGUUUGCUACGGAUGGAACUGAAGCCUCUGUGCUUGAUUCGACGAUGGACUCACCUCGUGAUAGUUUGAGGGAGUGGGCGGUUCUUGAAGGAACUUUGGCGAGGCCGUUCACAUUGGGGCAGCUUUCAGCACCCGGCACAGUCACCAUUACCUGCAUCUAAGUUGAUGGGAUUAAUAGGUGAGAAAUAGCAGAAUUUGGUCGUAAGAUUUGGUCUACAGGAGCUGCGGCACGAGACUCGUACGACCAUCCAAAAACUGGGGCUUGAUGUUUUCUUCUGCGGACGGCCCUGAUCCCACACUGGCUCGGCAUAAAGGGCACGAACGUUCGUGGUCGAACCACUCUGUCACACAUUCUUCACAGAACAUGUGCGAGCACGCGAGCUUGACUGGCUGACGCAUAGUCUCGUAGCAGAUCGAGCAGUCCGGAGAUCCCGCUUCCACUAGUUCGUCGUGAGUGACGUAUACACCGAACUCGAGUCCCAACGUAACGAAGGAGCGUGCGAGGAUGAAGAUACGACGGCCUUGAGUUGCGAGAAUCAAACCCUGUUUUCAAAAUUCUAUUAGUAUUUCACGUUGUAAUAAUGGCCUACU